AUGGACCUGACAGCCCAAAUAUGCUCCGCUCUACAAACUCAAAGCUUCCCGACACCUUCGGUCCCCUGGACGACAACCCUGACCUCGCGCAUCCCUACCCCUCCUCUCCCUUCUCUCAUCGCGACCGCAAAGGCACGCCUCCUCGCCUCAGACCUCACGACGGCGGGUCUCCUUGAACCCUCAUCCACCGCUUCACUUCCUACGACAAGUCCUGAGACACCCGAGGCUAUCUUACAGAACGAUGUCCCAUGCCAGGUCCUCGACGUCGAGAACCUGAGCCUCUCGCGCUGGGAGCAGGUCGAGGAGCUCGAGGCGGUGGCGAGGGGUGAGCAGAUGACUGGCCGGAGGGUCGUGAGGCUAGCUGCGACUGAAGAGGCCGAGUAUGAUAACAUCGACGAGAGCUCCGCACCCGCUGCUACCGGUCGCGGAGGAACGGCGACUCAGCAAGUGCUGCAGCAGCAGCAGCGACGAAACGCGACGCAUAGACUCGUAUUGCAAGAUCACAAAGGGCAAAAGGUAUAUGCGAUGGAGCUCCGACGCAUCGAAAGGAUCAGCAUAGGAAGCACCAACAUUGGCGAGAAGGUCAUGCUCAAAAAGGGUACUGUCAUCGCGAGGGGCACAGUGCUGCUUGAGCCGGGCAAGUGCAUAUUGCUUGGUGGGAGGAUUGACGCCUGGCAGAAAGCUUGGGUUGAGGGGAGAAUGGCGAGGUUAAAGCAGGCUGUGGAAGGUGGAAGAGAACAAUAA